AUGGCACUGAUCGAGGAGCGAGAAGACGGGGGCAGGACGGUUGACAAGUGGUCAGACUCUGCUCACGAAAAUAUUUCAGAGAAAAUGCCCAGUAUCUACAAGUCUGUGACCAUCAACACCUCCAAGGAGAUGACAUGCUUCAGUGACUUCCCCAUCCCCGACCAUUUUCCCAACUACAUGCACAACUCCAAACUCAUGGACUACAUCAGGAUGUAUGCCAGACACUUUGGCCUCCUGAAGUACAUUCGUUUUCAGACCAAAGUACUAAGUGUGAGGAAACGCCCAGAUUUUUCUUUCACUGGACAAUGGGAUGUUGUUGUGGAGUCAGAUGAGAAGCAGGAGACUUUGGUAUUUGAUGGGAUCUUGGUCUGCAGUGGACAUCACACAGACCCCUAUUUACCACUUCAGUCCUUCCCAGGCAUUGACAAGUUUGAAGGCCGUUACUUCCACAGUCGGGAGUACAAAAGUCCUGAUGGCUUUUUAGGAAAGAGAAUCAUCGUGGUUGGCAUUGGGAAUUCCGCAGUGGACAUUGCGGUGGAGCUCAGUCGUGUCGCAAAGCAGCAUAUUCGUUUACUUGUGAUUUUUUAUAUAUAUAUAUAUAGACCUUUAAGUCAGGCUCCAACUGUCAGUGAUGAGCUGCCAUUUCACAUAAUUUCUGGAAGAGUCCAAGUGAAGCCCAACGUGAAGGAAUUCACAGAAACAGACGCCAUCUUUGAGGACGGCACCAUGGAGGAGAAUAUUGAUGUUGUCAUCUUUGCUACGGGAUACAGCUUCUCCUUUCCUUUCCUUGACGGUCUGAUCAACGUUACUAAUAAUGAAGUGUCUCUGUACAAAUACAUGUUCCUCGCUGAGCUGGAGAAGCCUACACUGGCUGUGAUUGGCCUCAUACAAGUUGUGGGCUCCGUGCUGCCUAUUGCAGAAAUCCAGUCUCGCUGGGCUACACGAGUGUUCAAAGGGCUGAGCCAAUUACCCUCAGUGAAGGACAUGAUGGCAGAUAUCGCCCAGAGGAAAAGAGCUUUGGAAAAACGGUACGUGAAGACACCCCGCCACACACUCCAAGUGGGUCACAUGGAAUACAUGGAUGAGAUCGCCACCCUGCUGGGCGUGAAGCCCAACCUGCUGGCCCUCUUUCUCUCGGACCCACAGCUGGCCAUGGAGGUUUUCUUUGGCCCCUGUACCCCGUACCAGUACCGGCUACAGGGGCCGGGGAAGUGGGCCGGGGCCCGGAGGGCCAUCCUGACCCAGAGAGAGCGGAUCAUCAAGCCCCUGAGGACGCGGAUUACUAGCGAGGACAGUGGCUCAUCCUCACUGCUCCCUUGGCUAAAGAUGGCACCAGUUGGCUUGGCAUUACUGACUGCUGGCUUAGCGUACUUUAGACACAUUCAUCAUUAUGAUGCAUAG